UCCCAUUGGCCACAGCUGGCCGUGUAAACAAACAUUGCCUGAGCUUGGCCGAGUCAAUUCGCCUCAGUCCUCUCAAAACUUACCAGGGCUACCAAGAAAAACACAUGCAAAAUACUUUCCUCAAAACACUUGCAUUCUCGAUAAACUGACCCAAAAAAGGGUGGUUGGUAUUUUAACAAUAUCUGAAUUAUGAAGAAAGGCUCUAAGCAGACAACUUCCAGAAGAAACAAGCAGACUGUUGCCAGUACUACCUGCAAGAAAUUGUCCAUUCAACCCUCUGAGCAGAAGAUAAAAACAUGCCAAAGAGAUUUUGUGCAGCUGUUCCCGCUAGAAGUCAGCUUAAAAGUUUUUAGUGAACUUGACAUUCAGAGUUUAUGCAAUGCUGCAGUGACAUGCAAAAGUUGGAAUCAGACCAUUGAGAACUGUGAUGAUUUAUGGAAACAUCAUUGCUUGACUGUAAGGGCUGUCUGUCAGCGAGAGAUUGACGACGACAGAGGAAACGGUUAUUCAUGGAAGGUCACGCUCCUGAGAAACUACUGGAAAAGCAAGGUGAAGUAUGAAUGGCUGAGUGGGAAAUAUAGUAAUAUUCAUUCCCGUGUUGCCUUGCCAGAAAAGAGCAUGUAUCCCAUGGAUGUGGACACCUGGGGAGAAAUCCUGGAAGCCGAACUGGAAAGAUAAGAUGCCCAAAUAAGGAUCUUGCACAGAAGGAACCAGAAAUGAACUCACCUGCAGAAAAGAGUGUUCUAUAUACAAUUGUGGCAGCUUUGCACAUUGCUGUUGUUUUGUUUUGCACUUUCAGAACUGCUGUUAUUUAAUUGUUUAUUUUAAAGUUUGAAACACA